AUCGCGUCCUACGUAUCACAAAAACUGUUCUAUCUAACCACAACAAUGUAUAAAAGUGCAUGUUAUAGUUUCCGAAUGAGUAUUUGUUCAAAAUGUCGUGGAUCCAAGCUACCAUAUUUAUAGCCUACGGUUGUCUGAUGCUGUGCAACUUUAGUGAAAACCGGAGCUGUAAACAACAAGAGCCUUCUCUUGAGACACUCUUACGCCUAUUGGCAAUUCGAAACCAAAUGAAGUACCCUUCUCAACAUCAAACGCCGCGUACAAUGGUACCUUAUCCCUACUGUAAAACAUCUGAUAAUAUUGAAACAAAAAAAUCAACAUCAGAAUCUGGUUUAGAGUACAGAAUUAAACUGCCUCUAUACAACGGCAGGCCCAUCAAAACUAAUAUAUAUGUAGAACUACCUAUUUCUAUGUUUCCUUUAACCAAAAAAACAGAAGAGUCAACUAAACCAGUAGAGAAAAAAGACGAGCCGGAAGAAAAAAAAAACAUUGGUGAGACUAAAUCUCCCAAAGAUGAGACGUCAAAGGAUGGGAAUACCGAGAAUGGUGCAAAUGGUGGAAAAAAUGACGAACUUAGUGACAAAUCAUCUACAAACACAAAAACAAAAGAGUCAGCCAAACCGGCUGACAAAAAAGAUGAGUCGGAAGAAAAAAAAACCAACGCUAAGACAAAACCUGCCACAGAUGAAACAUCGAAGGAUGGUGCAAAUAGUGGAACAAAAGACGAAUCUAGUGAGAAAUCAUCUACAAAUACAAAACCAGAAGAGUCAACCAAGCCAGCUGACAAAAAAGAUAAGCCAAAAGAAAUAAAGACCAAUGAUGAGACAAAACCUACCGGUGAUGAAGCAUCGAAGGAUGCAAAGACUGCGGAUGGUGCAAAUAGUGGAAAAAAAGAUGAACCUUGUGACAAAUCAUCUACAGAUACAAAACCAGAAGACUCGUCCAAACUAACUGACAAAAAAGAUGAGCCGAAAGAAAUAAAAACCAAAGAUGAGACAAAACCUGCCGGUGAUCAAGCAUCAAAGGAUGCAAAGACCGCAAGUGGUGCAAAUAAUGAAAAAAAAGAUGAACCUAGUGACAAAUCAUCUACCGAUACAAAACCAGAAGACUCAUCCAAACCAGCUGACGAAAGAGAUGAGUCAAAAGAAAUAAAUAUUAAUGACGAGACAAAACCUGCCGGUGAUGAAGCAUCGAAGGAUGCAAAGACCGCGAAUGGUGCAAAAGGUGAGAAAAAAGAUGAACCUAGUGAUAAAUUAUCUACAGACACAAAACCUGAAGACUCAUCCAAACCAGCUGACAAAAAAGAUGAAUCAAAGGAAAUAAAGAUUAACGAUGAGACAAGACCUGCCGGUGAUGAAGCAUCGAAGGAUGCAAAGACCGCGGACGGUGCAAAUGGUGAGAAAAAAGAUGAACCUAGUGAUAAAUCAUCUACAGACGCAAAACCAGAAGACUCAUCCAAACCAAAAGAUAACAAUGAACAACCCAAAGAAAAUAAAAUCAAUGAUGGGGCUGAACCUUCCGUGAACGUGCCUUCAUAGGAUGGAGGUAGCACAGGUGACGCAAAUGGUGGGAAAAUGCCGGAAGCUAGUAAGACAGCAGAUGUAGGACAACCUGCUGCUUAAAGUUCUCCGGAUCCCCAACGAGUGCGUUAGGUUGAAUAAUCUUUAACAUAAUAAUAUCAAAAUAUGUUACAUAGGUAAAUAAUACUUUUAGAAGUGCUUUUUAAUUAUAAUAUAAACCGAAAUAAAUGUCAUAUAUGAAGGAAAAAAUUACCAAGGCAUCCAGUGUCCAGAGCAUGGCGCUGCGAUUAAUACUCUAAGAACAAAUUAGAUUACUUUCUGUAAAAAUAUUUUAAUUUGCGUUAUUUCAAGUAGACACACAACUUAAUAUUGUCUUCGGUUACCGCGACAGUUACUCAUGAAAUAAAACUAUGAAAACGGA